ACUUUUCCUUCUUCCAACAAAAAAGUCAUACUAAGACGACACGCAGCGUUGGUUUUGCGAUUAUUUUUACAUUUUCACAAAAUUGAUAUCAAAAUUUUCACACUAGUGUCGUGAAAACUGUUCUUACGGCUGCUGGCUUCAAAAUCCUUAUAGUAAGAAAAGACAAAAAGCCUAAUAAAGACUGUCAAAAUUUAGCGGACGUACUGAUCUAUUCUUGGUGGAAACUGAGCAAAGAAAACAAAGAAGGAACAACUCCACAUUUUUACCCGAUAAAAAGGAAAAACAAGUUUUGCAUUAGUUAUUCAUUUUGCCAUCAUAUUGCGAAUACGCGCCCAUUUGCCCAGUAGCGGUUAACUGAACCAGCUCCUUGUGGGAGAACAUUGGCGUCGUUUUUGUUUUUUAAUUUGUGCUGAACAUUCGAAACUAACGGGACUUGAGCAACAAGAUGACGUGGGAACCGCAACAGGAUGGAUUAAAUCAGAUUAUCACUUUGCUCAAACAAUCUCAAUCGACGGACAAUGCCAUUCAGCGAGCGGUGCAACUGAAACUGGAGGAACUUAACCAAUAUCCAGAUUUCAACAAUUAUCUGAUUUACGUACUAACGAAACUGAAAACACAAGAUGAACCGACUCGUUCUCUCUCCGGACUGAUACUGAAGAACAACAUUCGUAUCCAUGGAACUGAGUUGCAGCCUGAAAUCAUUGAAUACAUAAAACAGGAAUGUUUAAUGGCCUUAGGAGAUCCUUCGCCACUGAUUCGGGCCACAGUUGGAAUCCUCAUCACAACUAUAGCCAACAAGGGCAGCCUGGAAAGCUGGCCGGAACUGUUGCCAACGCUGUGUGAUAUGCUCGACUCGCAGGAGUACAGUGUUUGCGAGGGUGCCUUUGGAGCGUUGCAGAAGAUUUGCGAGGACUCGGCCGACACACUGGACAGUGCUGCUCUGAACAGGCCUUUAAAUAUUAUGAUUCCGAAAUUCUUGCAAUUUUUCCGCCACUCGAGUCCUAAGAUUCGAUCUCACGCAAUCGCUUGUAUCAAUCAAUUCAUCAUCAAUCGAACUCAAGCUUUAAUGCUGCACAUCGAUACAUUCAUAGAGAAUUUAUUCCAUUUGUCUUCGGAUGAAGAUCGGGAAGUUCGGAAGAAUGUUUGUCGCGGUUUGGUGAUGCUGUUGGAAGUAAGGAUGGAUCGCCUGAUGCCCCACAUGAAUAACAUAAUUGAGUAUAUGCUGGUUCGUACGCAAGAUCCAGACGAGACUGCUCUCGAAGCUUGUGAGUUUUGGCUGUCACUGGCUGAGCAGGCCAUAUGCAAAGAUGUGUUGACACCGCAUUUGGCUCGAUUAGCACCGGUUCUCGUAAGGGGUAUGAGAUACUCCGACAUUGAUAUAAUCAUUCUGAAGGGAGACGUGGAAGAAGACGAGAUGAUUCCAGAUCGAGAAGAGGACAUCAAACCAAGAUUUCACAAAUCGCGAACACACACACAGAAGGCAGGCGGCAUGAGCACGCAAGACAUGGGUGCCCGGGCAAUGGAGGGUAACGAUGAGGAGGAGGAUAUGGACGAUCCUUAUGAUGAUAUGGACGAUGACAGUAAUCUGUCCGAUUGGAAUUUACGCAAGUGUAGUGCUGCUGCUUUGGAUGUAUUAGCAAAUGUGUUUAAAGACGAUUUCCUCCCUAUUUUACUGCCCAUUUUGAAGGAGACUCUAUUUCAUCAAGAUUGGCAAAUAAAGGAAAGUGGAAUUUUGGCUUUGGGUGCCAUCGCUGAGGGUUGCAUGAAUGGGAUGAUUCCUCAUCUGCCAGAAUUGAUUCCAUUUUUGAUAUCUUGCCUAUCGGAUAAGAAAGCGCUGGUGCGAGCAAUUACCUGCUGGACAUUAUCUCGCUAUGCUCAUUGGGUUGUAAGCCAACCGCAUGAUCAGUAUUUGAAACCGUUGAUGGAAGAAUUACUCAAAAGAAUUUUGGACGCUAACAAGCGAGUCCAGGAAGCAGCAUGUUCUGCGUUUGCCACUUUAGAAGAAGAAGCUUGUACUGAGCUUGUUCCCUACCUUGGUUUCAUAUUGAAAACACUAGUGUUUGCCUUCGGAAAAUAUCAACAUAAAAAUUUGCUUAUCCUAUAUGACGCUAUUGGAACAUUGGCAGAUUCAGUCGGGCAUCAUCUUAACAAGCCCGAAUACAUUAAUAUGCUUAUGCCACCAUUAAUUCAAAAAUGGAAUAUGUUGAAAGACGAGGAUAAAGAUUUAUUUCCUUUAUUGGAGUGUUUAUCGAGCGUGGCCACUGCAUUGCAAUCCGGGUUUCUACCAUAUUGUGAACCUGUUUAUAGGCGCUGCAUAUCACUUAUACAACAAACACUGAAUCAGGACCUCGCCAGUACGGCUAGUCCGGGGCAGUACGAACUUCCGGAUAAAGAUUUUAUGAUAGUCGCUUUGGAUUUGUUGUCUGGUCUAGCUGAAGGAUUGGACGGGCAUAUCGAAACGUUGGUUGUUAGUAGCAACAUCAUGCAGCUGCUUUAUCAAUGUAUGCAGGACUCGAUGCCAGAGGUAAGGCAAUCGUCGUUUGCACUGUUGGGGGAUUUGACGAAAGCAUGCUUUGUACAUGUGCAUCCGUUUAUCGGAGAUUUUUUACCUAUUCUUGGUCAAAAUUUGAAUCCGGAGUAUAUAUCGGUCUGCAACAAUGCAACGUGGGCUAUAGGAGAAAUAAGCAUAAAGCUGCGCGAGGACACCAAACCGUAUAUUCCGCUGGUGUUGGCACAGCUUAUUGAAAUAAUAAACAAUCCAAACACGCCGAAAACACUACUGGAAAAUACAGCAAUAACAAUCGGUCGGCUCGGUCUUGUGUGCCCCCUUGAAGUGGCUCCUUCGUUGCAACAGUUUGUUCGACAGUGGUGUUCUUCCCUACGAAACAUUCGGGAUAACGAGGAGAAAGAUUCGGCCUUCCGUGGAAUGUGUCAGAUGAUUACAGUAAAUCCGGUUGGUGUAGUGGCCGAUUUCAUUUUCUUCUGUGAUGCUGCAGCAUCGUGGAUGAAUCCAAAGAGUGAUCUGCACGAGAUGCUCCAAAAGAUUUUGCAUGGCUUCAAAACGCAAGUGGGUGACGAAAAUUGGAGCCGCUUUGUCGAACAGUUCCCGCCGCAACUAAGUGAGCGACUAGCCGUUAUGUACAGUAUCUAAGAAGUAGGAUUCGUGAUUUCAUUCACGUAACUCGAUGGUAUGUAGAAAGCAGCUUUACUCUAUUUUGAUGAAAAAUCAAUCGUUUGCGUGCGCGUAGUACAGCACCAACGUCGAAAGGAAAUGAAAGGACUACGAUAGAAUCAAGUUAGUUGCUCUCAAAAUUAGCAGUAGUGAAGAGGAAGUUCUUUUAAUUUGGCCCUUACUCGAGAUGAAAUUGUGGCUGAGACGGUUGAUUUCAGAGAAAAAUUGUUAACCAUUUUGGCUUUGUACAUUAGAACAGUACUUUAACGUGGAAUCGCUUCAACAGCGUUUCAUUCGAAAUAGUAAGUUUUCAUUUUUUAUUCCUUAGGGGUUUUAUUGAUGUUGAAUUAAGGAGCUCAGGUUUCUUGUAUCUUAUUUUUUUCGGUGAAGAAUUCACCACCACAGAAACAAAUAAAAUAUUUUCCGAUUUUACAUCACUUACUACGGGAAAUUGUAAAAAAAAGUAUGCAUAUUUAAAGAAAAGUUCGUAAAUUUACUGCUAUUUACUCAAUGCUGAGAGCAGACUACAGUUUCAAGUAACCAAUAGUGUUAGUAUGAAUAAUUCCUACCAAUUUUCCCAUAUAUGAAGCAAUGCUCCUUUACGAAUGAUCCUUCCUCUAAUGAGUAUCAUAAAAAAACAACUCCUAACUGGAGACUUCUGGUUCUGUUUUGAACGUUCAUAUCAACUUUUUAUUUUAAGUGCUCCGAGGUGCACUGUGAAAAAAAAACAUUUAUACAGUAUAUCAGUGUAACAGAUUGAGUGAGUCGGAGAGUGUGUGAAUAGUUUUUUGAGUUGUUAACAAAACAAAACUAAAAGUAUAGAACUCGUACGGGAGACACAAUAUGUUGGUGUGUCCUAUUUUUGAAAGUAGAAAUUUUCCCACUUUGAUUAUUAAAGAUUUCGUACUAAGUGUUCAAUUUCUGUCGCCGUUACAAACCCUGCAGUAGUUUCAUGUCAAACAAACUAGUCAUUGUGAUGCUAUUUAUUUUUCAAAAUAGAAUAAUUGAAACUGCAUACGAUGGCUAGAAACUUCAGCCGUAAAAUGAGAUUAUAUCUUAUAUAUUGAACGAAGUAGGGAUACUCCAAUAUUGGUCAAGAUUGCAGAAACGCCAAAGGCAGGAUAGUACAUUCCGAAGCGGAAGUCAACCAUCUGUUUCGACAGACUUCGCAACCGAUUCAUGGUUCGCAUGGCUGGUGCUACAAUCCUACUGGUAACAAGAAACUUUAUAGGUCAGGAUUCAAACAUACCGCCAACUGACAUGUGAGAUCAGCGCCUUAUACUCUGAACCACCAACUCGGGAUGAUUGUAUUGUAAAAUCAAUUGAAGCAGUUGAUUGGAGUUCGAGAACAUUCUCGCUGUAGUUUUGAACGUUAUCAAUUCAAUAUAAAUCUUAAACAGAUUAUACGACACGAAUUUGAAUAAAUGUAGCCACAAUAAUAAAUUAAAGAGUUCACCGUUUGAGUAUGAUUCAAAGCAUUGUGUGUUGGCCGUUUCAAUACGAUAAAUAACUUUAUGAGACCAUUAUUUAUUCUCAUACUGGAAAUCGAAUUUAUUGAAGUGUCCCUACAAUCAAGGCAUCACAAAAAUUAUAAGUAUUUUUUCGGUUUACGGAAACCUGUGUCAAAUUUUCGUGUAUUAGGCAUCCUACGAUUUGUUUGUUUUUUUUUUCUGAAACUAAUCAACAAUUUCGUGAUAUAUUAUAAACUACUACUUCUUUGAAUUUUAGUUUUGUUGACAAAAAAUAAUGUUCGGUGUAUAAAGUAUAUAUAUGGAGAUAUUAAACUAAACAAAUACAGAAGACAACAAAUAACACUAAUAAUAAGAAUUAGAUAUUUUUGUACAAUCGGGAAAAUCGGGUCGCGUCCGCGUUUCGUCGUUCAAAACCGGGGUCAUCGUCAUCGUCGUUAUCGUUCUUCACUCGUCGGGUUUCGUGUGCAUAUUAGUUUUUAGAUGUUAUUCAUUUAUGUUUCAUUUUUGUGUAGUUUAUUUUAUUUUUAACUCAAAUCGUGAGAAAAAAAAGACCAAACAAACGUUGAACAGAUACUAUUUGAACACACUAUAACAGUUCCUUCACUGCAGCUGAAUGAUCUUUUUAAUGAACAAAAUCUAAUACAAAACUGAAAGAUGCUAUAAUGAGAAAAUAUGGUGCCAUUAGGUAGUCGAAGUUACAUAAUUAUGGUUUUAAAGUGAUGAAUGCUGAACCUGCAUAAAGCCUUCAACUUAUAUAAAGACAAAGAAAAACAUAGAUUAAAGAAAUCUUAAUGAAUAUACCUGUGAACAUGAGAAAUCUGAACUAAAAACUUAUUGUCAGCUAAGCGUCGGCUAACAACUUUAAAAUUAGGUUAACAAAUCAAAGACUGAAAAAGAAAGAUAACAUAUUCCUCAAAUCGAAACAAAAAUCUCUGUUAUUUAUAUUUGAGUUCCGGCUGCGAUAUAGUUCACGUAGUGAUUUAUUAAUAAAACUUCCGCACAUUCAGUAAUAUCUGUUCAAUACCAUUUGUAGAUGUUUACAUAGAGCAAAUUAUCAUUCAUUUUUCGUUUUUAUUUGUAUUUUAAACAGUUACCGCCGCGUAUCGUGUCGUCGUUAACCGAAAUCGUCGCGUUCGGUCGGUCCGUAAACUAAUAAAACAAAUCGUCGCGUUCCGGGAAUAAAUAUAUAAAAAGCAAAACUCGUGUAUUCUCGUAUUAUCGUUCCGCCGUGAAUCGUUGUGAUAUAUAAUCGUGUUCGUUCGUUGUUAGGAGUUUAUAUAUAUAAUAUUACUUUUUUUGUUUGAUAGGUUUCAAUUAACAAAUUUUAGUUCUUGUAUCUAAGAAAUCGCGCGUCAUAUAUCGGGUUCGUGUAACACUAAGUGAAAGCCCUAUUGUUGGUCCGCCGCGUAUACCACAAUGGAAGGUGCUCGUAACAAAACUGAUUUAAGGUUCAAAAUAUAUCAUAAAAUGAUGUUAAUUUAUAGCAAGUAAAUCUCAAAAUUAAAUAUUCAAAGAGUUUCUCGGAACGAUUUAUAUUUUCUAAGUUGCAUGCCGGUGUAGAAAUACAAUUUGCCAAAACUCAAUCAAUAAUAGGAGCCAAUUCGAACCUCGUCAAUCGUUCCAUAAAAAUACAAAACAAGCACAUAGCAAAUUUGUCAUCUAGUAAACAAAGCAGUAUGAGAUUUCAAGUUAGGAAAAACAAAAACGUUGCUCAUAACUUCCUUCAUCACAUUCAAGCAAAAAGACUCAAGUGAAAAAAGCCUGAUGCACACCACCUAUAAAACUUUUUUUCCAACUAUCGUCUUAUUUCGCUUGUGCUCUUUCUGCUUCUCGUGAAAAAAAUGGUCCAUAUCACACAAAGGAAACAAUACAAGCACUAGUUAUUAUACUGAUUCAGGAUCAAAAGUAGAAAAAUGAUACAAAACGGUUGACUUUAUAUUGAUCACUAUACAUAGUUUAUACAAAAGUAAAACUGAAAGCAUCGUGCGUACCUUAAAUCAAGAAACAAACCAAUCCACGGGGAUCUGGUCGCGUCGCGUUUUUUCGUCGCGGAAUCGUGUGAUCGUAUUUAAAAAUGUUCCAAAACUACUAACAAACAAGUAAAUUGUAAUUCUGUACAUUCGUCGUGAAAUUUCUCAGUGUAGUGAAGCAACUGCGUUGCGAGAAGCCUAAAUAAUGAAUCACUGGAAAUAUUCACACCGAAGAAAAAGAUUUACAAAUAAAAUACAAUGGGCUGUCGUUUGGUUUUUAUAUUACCAGCAACACCUCCACAACAUACAGGCCGAAUUAUACUUAAACAUGAGAUAAAUUGCUAUUGUAAAGUAGUUAAUAUUAUUAAUAGAGUGUGAGCGUUAUAAAGAAAGCGUGUGUGAGUUGAUUGUAUAAGUGAUGGAUCUGUGUUAAGAUUACAAACAGAAGUCUCAAAAAUCCCGAACCCUUAAAAUCCUGUCCGCUAAACAAACUACCAAAUAUCCUAACAAAUUCCAAAGAUACCCCUCAUAUAGUAUUGAUAGCAACAAUAAGAACUGCUUAGUAUACACCACAUCUAGAUGGAGUGGAAAUACAAUUCACAAUUGUUAGAAGAAAAAAAAACAUACAUAGGCAAACACAUUUGGACAUGUGUCCACAAUCGCACGAUUAUUCAAUACACGUUCCCGUCGGAGUCUCAAUACUAUGUUGGGUAGCUCAUUCAGAGACACAAUAACUAUAGUUUGAUCUAAUAUGGAAAGUAAUUUUUAUAUCACGAUUUUUGCAUCAUUCUUUGACUCCAUAAUUCGUAGUAAACAUAGCUAAGCUUCUGACGUGUUGUGGGUAGUUUGCUUUUUUAGCAGCAAAUGUGGUAUUCGACAUUUCCUUCAAAUCCUAAAAUAGUAUGGAGUAGGUAGUAGCUGUAAACGAAUCAAUAAAUUUUACUAUACUCAAAAUA